AACUUUGUCAUUAGUUCCGCGCGGUAUUCCCUGCAGGGAUGUUGUCACUUUCGAUUGUGCUGGUUCUGAUCUGGUCGUUGACGGCGAUGGCAAGGGCUGGCAGUCCUUUCCACGUGGCCGAAGAGGACGCCAAGUUGUUGGUGCCACAGCUUGUACGCAAGUACGGAUAUCCGGUGGAGAAGCACCAGGUUCGCACCGAGGAUGGUUACCUGCUGGGGAUGUUCCGGAUUCCAGGUGGUCGCAAUGGGACUGUUCCGGGCAGGAGGCCAAUCCUGAUGAUGCACUCGUGGUUCAGCAGUUGCGCCGAUUGGGUCGUCAUUGGACCUGGGAAUGCCCUCGGAUAUCUGUUGGCCGAUCGAGGGUACGACAUCUGGAUGGGGAAUGUGCGCGGGAAUCGGUACUCGCGACGGCACGAACGACUUCGCGUCAAGUCACGCGCGUUCUGGGAUUUUAGUCUGGACGAGAUCGGAUACUAUGACGUACCAGCGAUGAUCGACUACGUCCUGAAUCGGACCAACGCUCGAAAGUUACACUACGUUGGAUUUUCCCAAGGAACGACCGUUGGAUUGAUAGCGUUGACUUCGCGUCCGCAGUACAACGAGAAGAUCGUCCAACUACAGGAAUUAUCCCCAGCGAUCUACGUCUACCGAAAUCCUAGCGUCAUCAUGCGAACUCUAGCCUUUAUGGCCAAAUCGCUAGCCGAAGGAUACACCCUAUUUGGUUCAUUUGAGCUCAUGAGCCAUUGGACGGGACAGUACGAGUUCUACCGGAUGUUGUGUCCAUCACCUAAGCAACUCAUCUGUCGGAUGCUGAUCUACGAAGUGUCCGGCGAAAAUGCCAAACAACUGGAUGCGAAAAUGCUCCGCAUCUUCCUCGGUCACGCCCCAGCGGGUUCCAGCGUGAAACAGUUCCUGCACUACGCCCAGCUGAUCAACGACGGCGUCUUUCGGCGGUACGACUACGAAGACGAUCGCGACAAUGUGGCCGCGUACGGAAGCAAACAGGUGCCGCGGUACAAUUUGUCGCACGUGACGGCCCCGGUCAGGACGUACUACGGCCGGAACGAUCACGUGGUCAACUUUCGGAACGUGAAGCGGCUCGAGCGGGAGUUGCCGAACGUGGUGAGCAGCUAUCUGGUGCCGGAUGAGCGGUUUGGGCACGCGGAUUUCAUACUGAACAAAAACGUUAAGAAGGUGGUUUACGACGAGGUGAUACGGAAUGUGGAGAAGGCUGAGCGGGAAAUUGGUUAGGGAAAUGGUUGAAAUGAUUCUUUGUUGUAACCGACAAUAUAUGUGUAUCUCCUCAAAUUAUUAUAACAGUAAACUAC